AUGUUUCUGCUCAGUUUGAUUCUGAAUCAUCUGGUGAUCGCAGUUGGGAUGUACUUGUCGAGCACGAUGUCCCGAAGUCAGCUGGGAAAGCUGCUGAAACAGGCAAAUCGGUUGUCGAUUUCCUUCGGCAGGGUAAACUACUGUUCCUCGUCGGAUGCGGAAAAGUGCAAGACGAUCAAUUACGAGAAAAUUGGAAUCAUCGGAGUGCCGUUCGAAAAGGGUCAGCGAAAGCAGGGCGUCGGAUUGGGCCCGAAGGCGAUUCGAGAGGCCGGGCUGAUCGAUGCGAUUCAGGAAAUCUCCUAUCGACUCAACAUUCGUGAUUAUGGCGAUAUCAACUACGAGGCGUUGAAUCUCAGUGGACGGCUGACGGUUAAUAUGAAGAUGCUGGAGCAUGUGGCGAGUUGUACGAAGCAUCUGUCGGAGCGAGUGACGCAGGUACUGAAGGAUGAUCGAUUGUGUUUGACGCUUGGUGGGGAUCACGCGAUCGCAAUCGGUUCGAUUGAUGGACACCUCAAGCACUGCUCCGAUGUUGGCGUAAUCUGGGUGGAUGCGCAUGCAGAUUUGAACACCAAUUCGACUUCACCCUCCGGAAACAUUCAUGGAAUGCCGGUAGCUUUGCUAGCCAGAGAGCUGGCUGAUUAUUGGCCGUACAUUCCUGGAAUGGACUGGCAAGAGCCGAUCAUAUCAAUAAAGAACCUGGUGUACAUCGGUUUACGAUCGGUUGAUCCGUACGAGCGGGCGAUUAUUGAUAAGUUUAACAUUCACGCCUUUGGAAUGCGCGAGGUGGAGAAGUAUGGAAUUCGAGAGGUGAUGCGAAUGGCUCUGGAACGGAUUGAUCCCGAAGGGAAGAAAAGCUUACACGUUAGCUACGAUAUUGACUCGUUGGAUGUGCUGGAAGCUCCGAGCACGGGGACCAGCGUCCGAGGGGGAUUGACGCUUCGGGAAGGCAUCUACAUUAUGGAGGAGGCGUACAAUACUGGCCGGCUGGCGGCGGUAGAUCUGGUGGAAGUGAACCCAGCUAUCGGCACGGAGGUUGAUGUAAAGAAGACCCUAGAAGCGGCGAUACAUUUGCUGGUUGCCGCCUGCGGACAUAGCCGAAGUGGUAAUAAGCCAGAUACGUUGGAACUUUUACACAAAAGUGAAUCGGAAAUAUGUAAUGAAACAUGA